AUGAUAACGAAUACUUACAAGAAGCACAAGAAGCUUUGUCUAAGUAUGCAUUAUAAUAAAGGCCCCGUUUCAAGUAGGAGGCAUAACAAUUAUUAUGGAUAUAACAAAUAUAAGAAUUAUUAUAAUUAUUAUAAAUUGUAUAAUUAUAAUAAGAUGACGAAUGAUGAAUAUGAAGAAAUACAAGACGUAGAAAAUAUGGGAGGUGGAAUAGGAAUACGUGGAUCCGGUUAUAGAAAUGUAUCUUCAUUGAAUGAUACAUAUUGUAAGGGGAGGCCUACAUAUAAGUAUAUUGAUCAAAAGGAUUGUAAGAACUUACUAAGAGAAAAGAAAAAGAAUCACACAAGUGAUGAUAGCAGUACUAUUAAUAAUAAAAAUGGUAAUGAAAAAAAGAAAAUCAUCAAAAUAUUAAAGAGACCUACUGAAGAGGAAAUGAAAAAGGAGAAGAAAAUAAAUAGUAAGGAACAAAAGAAUUAUGAUAAUAAAAAAGGUGAAAAAAGUAAUAGUAGUAAGGAUGAAAAUAAUGUUGAAUCGAAACAGUCAAAGGAAGGAGAAGAAGUAGAAAAAGUAGAACAAAUACAUUGUGAAAGAUAUCUUGGAAGAGAUUAUGUAGAUGGAGAUAAAAAAAAGGAACAACAAAAGAAAAAAAAGAAAAAAGAAAAGAAAAAGGAAGGGUCGCAAGAUAUAGAAGAAAAAGAAGAUAAGCAAAAGAAAGAAAGGAAAGAAAAGAAGUUGAAAAAAAAGGCAAAGGAGGAAAAGUCCAAGAAAGAUAAUAAAACCAUAGCGAAAACGAAGAAAUCAAAGGAUCAAUUUAAAUUUUCAUCUACACAAGAAUUAUUUAAUUUAUUAUUGAAGGAUGUGAAGAAGGAGGAGGACUUCUUAGAAGCCAUAAAUGAUCCUGAAGAAAGUGGAGAAAAGAAGAAGCAAAAGAAGGAAGGAGUAGAUGCAAGCAUAAAAGAAAAGAGAAAUAUAAUUGAUAAGAUAAGUAGCAAAAUUGGAAAGUUGAAUAAUAAAUAUGAGGCAAAUAAAACUGUAGAGGAGGUGAGAAAGAAAGAUGAUGUUAAUGUGAUAUCUAAGGAGAAUGAAAGGAUGAUAAAAAGUAAGAGCAUUACACCUAAUGGUAAUAAUAAUAAUAAUAAAAAUAAUAAUAAUUGUGAUGAUGAGGUUGUAGGAAGAACAAGUACAGAUGUAUAUCAUAAAGGAUGCAUAUCUCAUUUGAACAACAACCAUUUAAAUAGUAGUGGUAAUAGUACUUAUCUUAACCAUGUUGAUAAUAAGGAGAGCGUCGAUAAAAUUUACGUAGAUGCUAUGAUUAAUUAUCAGAAUAACAUGAAUGUAAAUAAUUAUUCGCAUAUGAUGAAUAUGACAUGUAAUAAUAAUAAUAAUAAUAAUAAUAGUAGUAGUAGUGGUAAUAAUAAUGAUGUGAUGAAGAAUGGAAAGAAAGAUGCUAUGUGGAAAGAAUACGUACAUUUAAAAAAUAAGAGGAGCAAGCAUAAAAAUUACAAUACCACACAUAAUAACAAUCAUAAUAAUAGUAGUAAUAUGGAAAAGAUGAACAUGAAUAAUAUGAAUACAAAUGUGAAUAAUAAUAAUAAGAGACAGACAUCUAAGAUUAUGAAGAAUUUAGAAAAAAAAUGUCACAGUAAGUUUGCAACUGUGUUGUUAGGAGGAAAGAAGUUAGAACAGAAGCAUGAUGAAAUAGGGCAUGUAGUACAAAAAGAAGAAGAGGAUGAUGAAGCAAGAAAAAUAAAUAUGAGAAUAGGAAAUAUAAAUUAUAUGAUGAAAUAUGGUCCUUCAGAUAAAAUUAUAUUAAAUGGAAUGAAUGAAACCAAAAAAAAUGACAACCUUGAUAUGAGUGAUAAUGUAAAUAUAAGUGGUAAUAACAUGAAUAAUGUGAGUCCUAGGACUAAACCUGGAUCUGUAUCAGGAGCUGUUGCAGGUAUAGUUUCCCCUCCAAACGUUAUAAAUUACAAUUCGAAAGUAGAUGUGUCGAAUAACAAUAAAACGAUUAACAUAAAAAAGGAAGAAGAGGCUGGUCAAUUUGUGAUACCUUUAUAUAUGAGAUCACCUAAGCCUGAACAAAUUCCAAUACCUCUUUAUUUCUCAGAGGGAGAAAAUAUGAUACUUCCAAAGGAGGACUUGAGUCUUGAUGAGAAGAAGAAUAUGAAAGUUGCAGUUAAUAAUGAAAUGAAUGAUAAUAUGAUGGGUUAUGCAAAUGGUACAAUAUGUAACAAUAACAAUAUGAAUAAUAACAAUAUGAAUAAUAUUAAUAUGAAUAAUAACAAUAUGAAUAAUAUGAAUAAUAUUAAUAUGAAUAAUAUUAAUAAUAUGGUUACGAUGAACCCGUUGAGUAGUUUCAGCUACAAUCUAAAUGACACAAACAACAAUUUAUUGAACGACCCUCUGAACAACCACGUAAGGAUGUUUAAAGAAAAGCUUGCCAAUGCACAAUAUGUGAAGACCAAAAAUUAUACAAGGAAUUUAAAGGAAUAUCUAUAUAUGAAUAUGCCGAAAGAUAAGAAUCCUUUAAAUUAUUCGAAGAAAAAGAAAAAGACUUUCUUAAAUAGGAAUUAUGUAACAUUUAAUGUGGAAGCAAAUAAUCAUGGUAAGAUGAUGGGAGUAAACCAUGAUAUGGCAAAAAGUGCAGAUAGGAAUAACAUGAAGAGUGUGAAUGGUAGUAUAUAUAAUAAUAAUAAUAUGAACAAUAUGAAUAAUAUGAAUAAUAUGAAUAAUAUGAAUAAUAUGAAUAAUAUGAACAAUAUGAACAAUAUGAACAAUAUUAACCAUAGUAGUAGUAAUAAUAAUAAUAUUAGUAAUGGUAUGCAUUCCUUUCAUAUGAUGAAGGCAUCCUAUUAUAAUGGUUGCAACUUGAACAAGGGAGGACGGUAUUUUAAGGUGGACAAAUAUUUUUAUAGUAGAAAGUAUAAAGUUAGAACUCAUUAUGGUGAUAACAAUGGUCAUCAUAAGUACAGGCACUUUCAAUUUUUGAAGGAUAUAAAGAUAGCAGUAUAUUGA